GCGAACAGCUGUGUCAGCUUUUGUGGUGGGAGUGAUAACUGAAGCUGUUUAUUUGUUAAGUUGCUUUUUCUAUUGCGAAAUAUAAGUUUACAAUCGUUGGCCAUGACACAGGUGUUCAUCAAUGGAGCAAGAGACGAGGCCAAUGUGCGGGAGUUCGAGAGCUUGGAUCCCUCGAUUAAAGAGCUCAUCCUGGCAGCCACGGAAGCCAGAAAGCAGGCUUAUUGUCCUUACAGUAACUUUGCUGUAGGUGCUGCUUUGAGGACCAGCGAUGGCACCAUUUAUUCUGGUUGCAAUAUAGAAAACGGGGCGUAUGCCACCUGCAUUUGUGCGGAGCGCACUGCAGCCGUCAAGGCCAUUAGCGAAGGCAAGCGCGACUUUGUGGCCUGUGCGGUGGUGGCCCAGCAGGAUAAUGGAUUCACCACACCCUGCGGCGUCUGCCGACAGUUCCUCUCGGAGUUCGUCAACGGCAAGGACAUCCCCCUAUACGCCGCCAAGCCAACCAAUCUCCCACUGAGGGUGCUAUGCACCAGUGUUCUCCAACUGCUGCCCAAUGGCUUUAGUUUCUCAAACGGAAAAUAAGAAAGAAAGAAUUUUACAGGGUGCAAGCCCACAGCAAUCCAUGUGCAAUAAUUUAUGUGACUCCCCCGUUUGUUGUUUUCUGUAAACCCACCCCUCGCUUUUUGUUGAUUGAAUACUUUAUACAUGGCA